UAACACUAUACUCCGGUGGCGACGCUUGCGAUGACGUCAUCUCGUCUCUAUCUCCGCUUCCUUCGCCGGUUUUCCACCGCCGCUGCUGCAGAUACUCCAACCACCGCGUCUUCUCCCGGCGCAGCAAUCACCGUCUCCAAAGCAAAGUCCAAACUCCGUAAAGUACACGACCCCGACAAAGCCCUGGCGAUUUACAACUCCGUCUCCAACAACUCCUCGUCUCCCAUCUCCUCUCGCUACGCCAUGGAGCUCACCGUCCGUCGCCUAGCGAAAUCUCAACGCUUCUCCGACAUCGAAGCCUUAAUCGAGUCCCACAAAAACGACCCAAAGAUCAAAACGGAACCUUUCCUCUCAACACUUAUCAGAUCUUAUGGCCGAGCCUCCAUGUUUGAUCAUGCUCUGAAGACUUUCGAGGAAAUGGAACAGCUCGGGACUCCUAGAUCCGUCGUCUCCAUCAACGCCUUACUCGCUGCUUGUCUUCACUCCAAUCUGUUCGAAAGAGUUCCCCAACUGUUCGACGAAAUUCCUCAGAGGUAUCGUAAUAUUACUCCUGACAAAGUCUCUUACGGUAUGUUGAUUAAGUCGUAUUGUGAGACUGGCUCGCCAGAAAAAGCUAUGGAGACUAUGAGAGAUAUGGAGGCUAAAGGUGUUGAAGUUACCAUCAUUGCUUACACCACCGUUUUAGGAUCACUGUAUAAGAAUGGCCAAAACGAUGUAGCGGAAAGCUUGUGGAACGAGAUGGUGAAGAAAGGCUGCGAAUUGGAUAACACGGUUUAUAAUGUUAGACUCAUGAAUGCUGCCAAGGAAAGCCCCGAGAGAGUAAAAGAAUUGAUGGAAGAGAUGAGCAGUGUGGGAUUGAAACCUGAUACAGUUAGCUAUAACUAUCUUAUGACUGCUUACUGUGUCAAAGGGAUGAUGCGCGAGGCCAAGAAGGUGUAUGAAGGGCUUGAACAGGAACAUGAUUGUUGUGCGAACGCAGCGACGUUUAGGACGCUGAUAUUUCAUCUGUGUAUAAACGGGUUGUACGAUCAGGGUUUAGUGGUGUUCAAGAAGAGUGCGUUGAUGCACAAAAUUCCUGAUUUCAAAACUUGCAAGCAUUUGACUGAAGGAUUGGUGAAGAAUAAUAGGAUGGAAGACGCAAGAGGAGUGGCCAGGACCGUGAAGAAGAAGUUCCCUCCGCGUUUAGUAACCGAGUGGAAGAAACUAGAGGAGAAUCUUGGAUUGUAUUCAAAAGCCAAUGCAAGACAAGUGUUAGAUCAAGAAAGUGAGGGUGGUGCUGCAUAAUGCUCAAGAAUUUUGCUUAAGAAGGUCUGGUUUUUGUUUUCGCAUCCUUGUUUGAGCUAAUAUUAGUAGGACUUGUUAAAACUGUGAUCCAGGAUGCAAAUCAUUUCGCUUAAAUCAGCUAUUGGUUAGAAUUUCCAUGAAGAUGAGAACAAUUCAUAGCUUGGUGGAAUUGUAAUAGAAAUAGCAAGAUUUUGUCUCUGCUUAUACACAAUUAUUUC